AUGAGCUUGUCUGGCACCCCAUUGAGGAUAAAACCUCAUAUAAAAGAAAUCCUGAAAUGCUAUACAGAUGUUGAUACUUCAAAGCAGAGUACAACAGAAACGAGAUUUACUUCUACAGAUCAGCUUUACCUCACAGAUUUGGAAUAUGUUAAAUGUGCUGAAGAACACUUUGAUAAAGUUUAUGAUUAUAUAAAUUAAGCGAGAGAGUAGAUGAGAGAAUACAGAAGAGAAAUAAGUGAUUUAAAAGAUGAAAUAUUAUUAAUGAAGCAUGAUAUUUAGAUGCAAAGCAAUUAAAACAGCAUAAAUUUUAAGCCAGCCUGUGAAAGACUCUGGAAAGUAUUGCAUAUAUACUCCCCCUAAAAUGAAGUCGAUACAAUCUACCUCAAAAACUAAGUGAGAAUAUUGAUAAGAGAAAAAGAACAAUUACAAAAAGAAAUACAAGCAAGCAAUUAAAAACUUGAAAAAAUGGAAAAAUCAAUAGGUAUUUACCGUCUUUGCUCAGAUCGUUCUACCUAACAAUGA